AUGGAUGAUUAUUGUGAUGAUGAAUAUUAUUCAGGAAUAGAUGAAUAUGAUAAUGAUGAUUUCUAAAAAAAUGAAACUUUAUUAAGUUAGAAUGAACUUUAUUAAGAAUUUUUAGAUAGGCUUGAAAAAAUCAAAGAUAAGAUUGGAGAAUAAUCUUAGGUUGUUUUGAAUGUAAUUAAAUAAUUAAAUUAAGAUAUUAAUCUUUUUCAAUUUUGAAGUUUAAAACAUUUAUGAGUAAUUGUUGCUUAGCAAUGAUUCAGAAAAAUUAAAAGUUUAACUUAAGGAAUAAGGUAUUUAUAAUGUAUCUAAUGUACACUUUCAUUAAAAUAUGAUUUGCUCAAUAUGUCUAGAGAAUGAGACUUAAGGAUUUAGUUUGGAUUGUAAUCAUAAAUUUUGUAAGAAUUGUUGGAAUUAAAUGAUAGAAGUCUAAUUCAUAAGUUAAAUACCUUUAGUAAGAUGUUUAUAGGAUUAAUGUUAUGAAAGAUUGCCUCAUUCAUUUUUAGAAUAGUAUCCUAAAUAUAAGUAAAUAAUAAUAAAGAGAUUUAUGUAACAUGAUGAUAUAAUUACUUGGUGUCCAGGUAAAUUUUAAUAUUAAAAUUAUAGGAUUAAAUUGUGAAAAUGUAUUUAAGUGUUUGACUUUUACUAAUUCAAUAAAAUGUCCUUGUGGAGUCAAAUUUUGUUCCAAAUGCAGAGAAGAGAAACAUCAUCCAAUUCCAUGUGACAUUUUAAAAAAGGUUUUAGAAUAUUAAUAGUCAAAUGAAUAUUGGGCAAUUUUACAUGCUUCUAAGUGUCCUUAAUGUGGAAGAUUAAUUUAACGUACUGAAGGUUGUUUUCAUUUAAAAUGUUUAUGUGGAUAGCAUUUCUGUUUUAAAUGUUCUGGACCUUGGGAAAAAGAUCAUCAAAGUAGUUUUUAUACAUGUCCCUAUAUGAAUACUAAUAAAAAUCCAUCUAAAUAUGCUUUAUAAUUAAAAAAUGAAUUAUAGAGUAUUAAUAAUAAUAUUAAAAUUAUUGAAUAGUCCAUAUAGGAAUUGAAAUAGAAAAUUAAAAAGGUUAAAUUAGAUCCACUUAUAGAAUAAUCAGAGAAGAUCAUAUAGCUUUUGAAAACAUCGAAAUCGUACUAUAUCUUAUAUACUAUUAGAUUUUUAUAUUAUAAAUUCUAUUUAAUGGAAAACAAAGAUGUUUAAAUUUAUGAAUAAACCUUCCAUUAAUUUUAGGAGGAAUUGAAUGAUUUUGUAAAAAUAAUUGAAGGUAAAAAAUUGGAAGUUGAAGAUAAUGAAUAUUCAAAAGACAGAACAAUUAUUGAAUUCAUCAAUUUUAAUAAUUCAGAAAAAAAAAUAUUAUCAAAUUUAAAAAUCAAAAAAAAAUAAAUUAAAAAAUAUAUAGUAGAGACUUUAAUAAUGUGA